GAUUGGAGCCCAGUGUCCCUGCCUCCCUGUGGGACCACUGGCUGCUGUCGGGAGCUUGGGUGCUUGUGGUGCGUUUACUGAAUGAGGGGCCAAUUGGAGUUUCCUUCUGUCUGGCUCCGUGAGCGAGCAUGUUGGAUGGGUGGCUUGAUGCAAUAUGCCCUGUUAUCUUUCCCAUUUUUUUUUUUUUUACUUGCGUAGUCUGUGUGCUUGGUGUCAUGACGCAGGAGUUUGGAGUGGGGGUGAGGGAGUGGGGGGGUUGGUUGGGAUGAGGAAGAGACAUGGGAAGGGAGGUGGCGGGGGGGGCACCAGAGCGAGAACGGCCACUGAUUGGUUGAGCAAAGCCCUCCCUCUGGCCUUUUAAGCGUCCCUCUCACCUGUGGGGCCAAAAAGUCUCUGUCCGUCCGCCUGACAGUAAGGUCCGCACCGACAGCUCCACAUCCUCAGUUACCCUCAGAGUGAAACGCGGGCGGCCAACUUGAUCGGGAGAGAGCGCACAGAGGAACGAUACGCUUUUGGUCCACUCUUUUUGCUCUUGUUGUUCGUGUUGUCGUAAGCCCUUGCCCUGGCGUUUCAUCAGCUACAAGACAUGGAUCGGAUGGAACUCAAGAAGGUCAGCACGGAGGCUGACGACGACAGCACAGACAGCCUGGACGACCGCUUCACUGAACCCAUUGAUUCGGAAAAGGCCACCAUCAACAGUCAGUUUCUGGACGAUGAAGACGGAGAGAGUCGGAAGUUCCUUGGGAAUGGAAUCAUGAAGAAGAAAAAGUACGAGGAGUACCAUGAAGAAUAUCACCCAGGGCAUGCAUCCUUUGGGAUGUCUGUGUUCAACCUCAGUAACGCUAUCAUGGGCAGUGGCAUCCUGGGACUCUCCUAUGCCAUGGCUAACACAGGAAUCGUUCUGUUCUCGAUUCUGCUCCUAGGUGUGGCAGCCCUGUCUUUGUACUCUGUUCAUCUACUGCUUGUCACUGCCAAAGAAGGAGGUUCCUUGAUCUAUGAAAAGCUUGGAGAGCGGGCCUUUGGCAUGCCAGGGAAGAUUGCCGCCUUUGGAGCAAUCACACUUCAGAAUAUCGGAGCUAUGUCCAGCUACCUCUUCAUUGUGAAGUACGAGCUGCCCGAGGUGAUCAAAGCGUUCAUGCGCCUGGAGGAGAAUUCUGGUGAAUGGUACCUCAAUGGCAAUUACCUUGUUGUGUUUGUGUCCAUGGGUAUCAUUUUACCCCUUUCCCUGCUCAAAAACCUUGGCUAUCUGGGCUACACCAGCGGAUUCUCCCUCGGCUGCAUGGUGUUUUUCCUGAGCGUGAUGAUCUAUAAGAAAUCCAUACUGCCGUGCCCCCUUCCCUUCAUGCUGCAGCACCACAACAUGAGCAUGAACGGCUCGGGGCCGCUGGGGUCCUACACGUUGCACAACGGCACGGGCCUCAUGGACUUCUCCCGGGCCAACCUGGACCCCCACGCCCCCGUCAGCGCCUCCCACGGGGCCAGCAGCGUCCACUACGAGCCCCACCCCGAGGACUUGGAGGAGAUGUGCACGCCCAAGUACUUUGUGUUCAACUCGCAGACUGCAUACACUGUUCCCAUCCUGGCUUUCGCAUUUGUGUGCCAUCCUGAAGUACUUCCCAUCUACAGUGAGCUGAAAGAUCGGUCCAGAAAGAAGAUGCAGAACGUCUCCAAUCUUUCAAUUUUGGCCAUGCUGGUUAUGUACAUGCUCUCAGCAUUGUUUGGGUACCUCACCUUUUAUGGUAGCGUGGAGCCAGAGUUACUGCACACCUUCACACAGGUCUACAAGUUUGACACCAUGCUUCUGCUGGUGCGUCUGGCUGUGCUCACUGCUGUCACACUCACUGUGCCCAUCGUGCUCUUCCCUAUCCGUUCGUCGGUCAUCACCUUGAUGUUUAAAAACCAGGAGUUCAACUGGGUCCGCCAUGUGCUCAUCGCCGCUGCCGUCUUGCUCUUAGACAACAUGCUGGUGAUUUUCGUCCCCAGUAUCCGCGACAUCUUUGGUUUCAUCGGUUCCUCUGCUGCCACGAUGCUCAUUUUCAUCCUCCCCGCGGGCUUCUACCUGAAGCUGGUCAAGAGUGUACCCCUCCGCUCCCCGCAGAAAAUCUCAGCGGCCAUUUUCCUUGUGGUUGGCGUUAUCUUCAUGAUCGUCAGCUUGUCACUUAUCGUUAUGGACUGGAUCCACAACCCCCCUGGCUCUGGAGACGGUCACUAAGUAACAGCUGAGACGAACACUGUCGUCGAGGCCUGGACUCAGUUGGCCCUGACAGCCCCCAAAGAUUCUACAGACAUAGUAUUUUUGUUUCUGAUGCAAAACGGCAGUUUUUGUCAAAAUGCACCUUUUUCUUUCUUCUGUAAACUACAACAAAAGUAUUACACAGGGACUCCAUUUGUGAGUACAACAGACUCCUUCAGAUACAAUUUUAGCUAUUGUUCUUUGUUUGUUUGUUAUUUUUUUGUGUAUUGGUGAACAAUCUUUUGCAGUGUAGUCACUGAGUUUAGUCAACAGAGUUCUAAUUAGGCAAUUGUAGAUCUAGAAAGAAGGAGGGGGGGCGAGAUGUUGGUGCUUCCAUCGCAGUAUCUGUAUUGCCUGCUGGUUGCUGGUUGUGCUGUGAGCAGGAAAAAACGUUUUAUUUUUGCAGGGACCUCAAAGUCACAAACUGUAACGAGAGGGAGAGAUGAUUGUUUUUUUGUUUUUCAAGUGCUGCUGUUUCUGGUCAUGUGGCUGCAGACCUGUGUCUGUGUCCAAGGUUGUCGUCCUCAUGCACUUGAUGGUGGUUUUUGGGGUUUCUGCAGACAAAGAGCACUUCUAGAGUUUUAAUGCAUUUUCAUACACACAUGCAAGCUCAUACACCCAGACACAAAAACACACAAACAUACAUACAUUCACAUACACAUUACAAUAUUUUUUUUUUUUUUUUUUUAAACCUGAGUCAAUCUUUUCUUUUCAAUUUUCACUAAAAAUUGCAAAGGCUAGUCAGGUUACUGCAAUGAGGGUAUUUCAUUUCUGCUUUCAAAUCCCAAGUGUGUUGAUUUUAUACUUAACCUUUAAUUGUGGAUGAAGGUCGUAUGUCGCUGUGUCAAAAUGUAUAUUAAGCAAUGAUUCAGACCACAUGCUUUUAAACAGGGACACCUUGUGGGUGUUAUUUACUAGAGGUAGUAUCAUAUAUUUGAAUGUUUUUUAAACUGAAAUCACAUGAUUGUACGUUUGUAGACAAAAGAAAUGUGAAAGUGCUCGGCUGGGUAAAUCACCAGGCUUUGAGUGACUUACUGUUCAAGCAGUUGGACUUCAAAAAAUGUGUUUAUGUGUGAGAGCAUUAUAGGUGCAGAUACAGCCAUUCUGUUUCACUGUGAAUUGUCUCAACACCAGUAUAGUUGUUUUUAGUGCUAUUUAUUUAUCUUUUCCUGGGCUUCCCCCAGCUCUUCCGAGCGUUAUUCUACUAUCACAGAAACUCUCUGAAUGAAGGGCAUAAUCUGAAUUCAAUUUGUGACACAUACAGCCCCUGACUUAACCAAUGAGCAGCGAUCAUGUCGUUAGCAAUCCGCAGCAAAAGCUAGAGAUAUUGUUUGUGGAAUGGAGUGUUUUUGGCUGAUGGUGAGAGGCGAUAUCGGCCAGAAAGUAAUCAGUGAAUGAAAUAAUUUAAAACCUAUACAGGAUACUCAUCGUUGUUAAUCUUGUUGCAAGUACUUCCCACUUUUUAAGAAUCAUGUUAAAAAAUCCCCAAGCAAAAAAAAAAAGACUAAUUGUGCCUCUGCUACACUACACUAAGAUCUACAGAUUUGGAUUGUUCCUUGUCUGACUACAUUGCCUUGUACAAGUGUAGAUUCUGAAUAUUUGAUCAGCUGGAAUGGCAAUCUAUUUUUAAAAGGUGUUCAUUGCAAAACAUACCCGCUAUGUUUUGCACAGAUCCAGCCAAAGUGGACAAUAUUUAUAGAUCAUUUAUUGAUCUCUCUAUAUACAUACAUCAAGUGGAUAUUUCAAAUGAAAUGGUAUAAUAUUUUUGUGCAUGUUUUGGAUUACAAACAUGGUCUUUUUUGACAGUUGUAUAUGCUUUGUAAAUAAUCGAUUUUAUGGUACACUUACUGAACUGUUUAGGAGGGGUUGGGGUGGGGGGGGGGGGGGGGGGGGCUACACCUCUAGAGACAUGGCAUUUGAAUGGGUUUAGAACUUUUAUUUUAGACUGGUGUAACAUGGUGUUAACUUUUCUAGCUUGCUUUCUACAUAUGUAGACCUAAACGUUUCUGGGUUAGUAAGUAAAAUGGAUAAAUGGUUAAAGUGCUUUUUUUUUUUUUUUUGAUAACUUCUCAUUGUAGUUUCAGCUUAUGAUGGUACAUGCUAGUCGUGGAUGCAUAGAUGUCCGCAUGAUGUUGAUUGUUGUUACUGACUUGAUUCUUGAUGUGCAGAUGUGCAUGUUGUAGGAUUUUGCAUAUUCAAGACCAAGGGUGCAUACCCAUGAUGCCUUGCUACUGCAGGGACGUCCACCUCUCAUGUUUGCACUGAAUGUGCAGAAAAACUGCUCAGCAGAGUGGUCUAUGGACCGAUGGUGAUUUCAUGUCCAUGAGGCAGACCAGAAACCUUAUUGAGGGUGCGUAGGUCUGGGGGUGAAGGUAGACCGCAGUCAGCCCUCACCCCUGGGUUGGAGUUUUAUUGUAUGGGUAGACGCUCAGCGUUUAGCUGCAAUGGAUUGGCAUGUGGACCGAACCUCUCUGCUUACUGCAUCUCUCCUCAACCAUCGACACCUGACCUCAGCGUAGCUUCUGUUGUUCCUAAAGAAACCCUAGCAGAGGCCACACACCACCUCCACCACAGGCAGCGCCCCUUACGAGCUCUGCCCUGCGUGUGUGUUCAUGUUAUCUGUGGGUUGUGGCUGUGCAUGGUGAAGUCUCUGCCGUGGUAGUUCGAAGCAAUGCUGGUGCGGUCUGUCACUUUCAUGAAGGACCAGGGAGAUGAUCAAAUAAGCAAAGGGUUCUCUGAAACAUUCUCGUGUUCUCCUACACUAGCCGUUGGUGUUCUUGGAGAAGCAGACAUGGAACGCCAUACACUGCCAUCUCUGACUUGGGGAUGGGAGUAGGCAUUCACACACUAGCCAGAGCUGUGCCUUAGUAUCUAUUGCUCAGGUACAACAUCAGGCAUGUCACACGCAAACCCUGGAGAGCAACAGGAGUGCAUUCAGUGCUCAUGUUUACACCAGCAUCAGCAUUAUAGAGCCUUAUAACUGAAGAAUGUGUCAUUGUGUUUAGAGAGACUUCAGAGCAAUGAAUGCCACAGGUAUCAGUCUCCAGUCUUAAAGUGUGACUUCACAUGUAUGGAACUAUCUGCCUUACUACUGCCAUCAUGCUUGAGAUGCAGUGGCCUACCGUAAUGCCAUACAACAAGUCUGUCUCCUGUGGAUCAACUAACAUUCACUUGUAUAUUUGCCAGAUCAAAGGGGAUUUUUGUAUCAGUGAAGCUGUGUCAUUAUUAUGUAAAAUGAACAAUAAAAAUGUGAAAUGAU